AAAAGUCCUACCCAAGCAACAAUACCCCCAACCUAGCUUGCCAUGAAGGACUUAUCCAGUGUCAAAAGUGCAAACAUCAAUGCCCGCCCAUCCCCCAUGGGCACAUGCCAGUCCCUCCCCAGACACCAGCAAACAGGCUCACAGUUCUUCCUGCCCAACGUCCUAACAGAUGAAGGGGACACCACCGCAGAAGGAACCCCAACCCCCUGCAUGAACAUCUCACAAGUUCCACCCACUGAAUCUGAGGAAAAUGCGAUGACCCCCACCAUUUACUCCCCCAUUUUCUCAAGAGACAAAGAGAUAGAAAUGCCCCUCGAUACCUUACUCCACUCCCCUGCCCAAACCCCUGCCCAAGUGGAAGAUGAAACCAUGUCAGACCUACCUGUCACAAUGCUGAGCCCCACAGCGACCCGCACUAAGCCCUCCACGUCUUCACAAGCAUCUGAGGAAGACUUACUUCAUGCCCACCUAGCUGUCACUGAGACAAACUGCUCCAUCAUUAGGUCAAACAGCAUCAACUCCCUCGUGGUCAUUCCCCAGUUCACCCCCAUACCCAUGGGUGGCUUCCCCCACAUCCACCUCGCCCACGCGGCGCAGCUCUUUGACUACCAAGCAGCAAAAGUCAUCACAGCAUGGCUGAAGGUACCACACCCAAAAAUCUUAGUUAGAGUUUUUGACCAUGAUGGGAAAAACCCAUCCAUCAAAGGCCCCAUCCUAGUUGAACGACUACACAUUGCAGUGUCCAAGAUUGCGCACUUCGUCCACCAGGAUGACCAGGAUGUAAAGGUCUCACCACCUUGCCCCGAAGCCCUCACGGAAGAUGCAAACCACCCUCUUAGCUUCCUUAUUUAUAAUAUCUCUGAAGAAACGCAAACUCUCAUCCUCAACCAGCGAGUCUGGUCAUCCACUGAAAUUACUUUCACUGCCCACCAAUUUAGAGUCAACUCACUACCCCUCCUCCUCUUUUGCCUCUAUGGCUUCUCAACAACUGACACUGCUACUAUCAGGUCAGCAGUCUACAAAGUUUGGACAGAAGACAUCACUAGGUGGGAUAUCUGUGAUAUCCUAUCUGAAGGAGAUAUCCCCAAGGAUAAAGUCCACGCCACAUCCUGGGACUUUAUCAAGUCCCUAUGGAUUGAACACCUCGACUUCAAAGUUAGCAGCAGCAUCUUACUCCCAUGCUAUAACAUGUUAGCCAUUAGCCCAACCAAUAUCCCUGCUGUUUGGAUGAAGUUGAGAGCAUAUCUCCACUCCCUCACCUACCCAUCCAAGCUUGAAGGAACCGGCACUGCAGUCAACUUCAUGCCCUGCCCUCUUUGUCACUCCAUCACACACCCGCGAGGGCUCUGCCCAUUCCCCAACAUCCUGCUCUGGAAUGGGCCCAAACACAACGUGGUGACAAGGCCCAACAACUCGAGCCAGAGAGGAAAAGGCAAAGGGAGGAGAGGCCCCACCUGA